AAGGCUUGCAGUGAAGAGGUAAGAAUGUAAGAACCUAUAAGCCACUGUUCAAACCCCAAAGGGAGUGGGAACGCUAAGCAUAGGAAUGUCUGGGGACUGCCCCGUGAAUCCCUCUGCAAGUUAACUGUCUUUCUUCCCUUUAGCAGCCGGCAAGUUCUGUGUCAGGGAGAGGGGGUGCAGAGAGUCAGGACAGGAUGAGGGAUAGCUCAGCUCCCAGCUCAGCUUCUUCAUCAGUGACAGAUCUAUACUGCACUCCCCACAGCAGUAGGUCAGACCUCUUCCUUCCGAGUACAGCAGGAGACUUCAGCUUGAGUGCCAGCUUGUCAGCUUGUACACUGCUUUAUGAGGGCGCAGUGGAGCCUAUGCAGAUUGACGUAGACCCACAAGAGGAUCAGCAGAAUGCACCUGAUAUCAACUAUGUGGUGGAAAAUCCAACUCUGGAUUUGGAGCAGUAUGCGUCUAGUUACAGCGGCCUGAUGCGGAUUGAGCGGUUGCAGUUCAUCGCUGACCACUGUCCGCAGCUGCGGGUGGAGGCCCUCAAGAUGGCGCUGUCAUUCGUCCAAAGAACUUUCAAUGUUGAUGUGUAUGAGGAAAUCCACCGAAAGCUGUCAGAGGCCACCAGAGAGCUGCAGAACACCCCUGAUGCUGUCCCUGAUGGUGGGAUUGAGCCCCCUCCUCUUGAUACAGCGUGGGUUGAGGCCACGCGGAAGAAAGCCCUUCUCAAACUGGAAAAGCUGGAUACAGAUCUGAAAAACUACAAAGGAAAUUCAAUCAAGGAGAGCAUCAGGAGAGGCCACGAUGACCUGGGUGAUCACUACCUUGACUGUGGAGACCUCAGCAAUGCUCUCAAGUGUUACUCACGAGCCCGUGAUUACUGUACCAGUGCGAAGCACGUCAUUAACAUGUGCCUCAAUGUCAUCAAGGUUAGCGUUUACCUUCAGAAUUGGUCCCACGUUCUGAGCUACGUAAGCAAGGCGGAGUCCACCCCAGAAAUUGCAGAGCAAAGAGGAGAGAGGGACAGCCAGACACAGGCGAUUCUCACCAAACUGAAGUGUGCAGCAGGCUUAGCUGAACUAGCAGCUCGGAAAUACAAGCAGGCAGCAAAGUGCUUCUUGUUGGCCUCAUUUGACCACUGUGACUUCCCUGAGCUGUUAUCUCCUAGUAACGUGGCUGUGUAUGGUGGCCUCUGUGCAUUGGCCACCUUUGACCGUCAGGAACUGCAACGCAAUGUCAUCUCUAGCAGCUCCUUCAAACUGUUCUUGGAGCUGGAGCCUCAGGUGCGUGACAUCAUCUUCAAGUUUUACGAAUCCAAAUAUGCUUCAUGCCUGAAGAUGCUGGAUGAGAUGAAAGAUAACCUGCUGCUGGAUAUGUACCUGGCGCCUCAUGUGAGGACACUCUACACGCAGAUCCGAAAUCGUGCCCUUAUCCAGUAUUUCAGCCCCUACGUAUCAGCAGACAUGCGCAAGAUGGCCACAGCAUUUAACACCACGGUGGCAGCGCUGGAGGAUGAGCUGACCCAGCUGAUCCUGGAAGGAUUGAUCAAUGCCAGAAUAGACUCUCAUAGCAAAAUUCUUUAUGCUCGGGAUGUAGAUCAGCGCAGCACCACCUUUGAGAAGUCCUUAUUAAUGGGCAAAGAGUUCCAGCGACGUGCCAAAGCCAUGAUCCUGCGGGCAGCAGUCCUGCGCAACCAGAUACACGUCAAGUCUCCUCCACGAGAAGGUAGCCAAGGCGAGCUCACUCCAGCCAACAGCCAGUCCCGAAUGAGCACCAACAUGUGAAAAUCUUCAUGUACAAUCAAAGAACUCCCACACUUCCCUGCCCCAGCUGUUUGUCCUAUGUCCUAACCACAGACUACUGAGCUUCACAAACUAUCCCUGUCAUUCUCUCUCUCUCUCUCUCUCUCAUUGGGGCUGGGAGGGUCAGGGCUGAUGGUGGGGGCUAAUGUUCAGAUUCACAUAACUUAAUUCCUUUAGAACAGAAGCUGUCACUAAAUGCGGCGUCCCUGGAAUUGUCCAUCAUUUCAUUGCUGGUUGCAUGUUCUCUGCCCUCUCCUCUGUAUCCUCCACCGCAGAAAGAACUGGUAGUGUAUUUCAGAGAGAUGCUGAUCUUGGGUCUCUUCAGCUGCUGUUAGAGCUUUCCAGGAUCAGAACUGCAAAGGAAGAUUGUAAGUUCGAUGGAUGGGGGUGUAUCUAAAGGAAGACUGUUUCACUGACCUGAAAGUGUUGCCUUGUCUCUGAGCAAUGCAGUGCUUUUCCUUUACUUCAAAGACCUCAGACUGAAAUGCUCUCAAUGGUAUGGGCCCAGAAUUCAGCCAGAGGGGAGCUCCUCUCAGGAAGCACAUUCUAGGACUUCUCACCCACCCUGGGAAAUAUGGCACCACUUCUGCGUACUCAAAGGCAUUUAUUUCAGGUUGUUGCACUUACCCUGGAUCCAACCUCUUUCAAUCUGGCCUGUCCCUUUUUCAAAGGCCUGUUUCCUGAUUUGUUCCAACAUGCAUAUCACUUGGCUUUGGAUUUUGGUGGUGGUUCGCCACUGCAGUAAGGCUCCAUCUUGUGCAAAUACUGUUGCUUGUCCGUUUUACUUCAUCAGCAUACAGUGGCUUCUUAACCUGUGCACCAGUGGCUCCUGGUGGCAUAAGUCAAUGCCAUAAAAAUACAACACAUCAGGUCUGGGGCAGAAACCAAAAUAAGCCAGCCCAGGUGUCUGCUCGGCAGGUGCAUCUGUCCCAACUUUCCUUUUAUAAAUGGGUUUAAGGUGGCAGCCCAGACCCGUAUAGUGUUGUAUUAAUGAGCGUAGUUAAGUGUUGAAUGGUCUGGAAUUACAGCAUCUUUACAUUAAUCCAGUCCCAUAGGACAAAGUUAAGAAUUUUGAUCCAGUCCUGACUGGUCCAGCAAUUUACUACAAACAAAUGUUAUUGUUAAUGCUAUUUUUGUUUUAAAAUAAGUCGUUAUCUCUAGUGCAUUAAAGAGGGUAAUUAAAAAGCUCAUUGCAA